GACAAAUCCCUCCCCUACCUCUUCAUGCAUCGUUGCUAAGCUUCCUAUAAUCAGAGCCGGAUUAGCAGGCCAUUCAGCUAGCAGACAGAAAACAGACAGGGCUCCCUUUGCUGUUCUCCAACCCUACCAGCUGACAGGGCCCCAUCAAGCAUGGAGAAAACCAUGCUACUGAAUGUGGAGGGCAUUAAGAAGACCAUUCUUCAUGGAGGGACUGGAGACCUCCCUCACUUCAUCAAUGGAUCCAGAGUGACAUUUCAUUUCCGAACUAUGAAAUGCGAUGAGGAGCGGACAGUCAUAGACGACAGCAAGCAGGUUGGCCAGCCCAUGAACAUCAUCAUCGGAAACAUGUUCAAACUGGAAGUCUGGGAGAUCCUGCUGACCUCAAUGAGGAUAGGAGAGGUGGCUGAAUUCUGGUGCGACACAAUUCCCUCCGGCCCCAUACCCCCCAAACUUCUGGUAAACUCGGGUCCCUACAAGUACCCACUAAAGGCUUUCCUGGGACUCGCGCCCGGAGGAGGAGAGGAGACGCCUUAA